AUGAUACAAAAACAUCGACCAAUUGCAGCAAGUCGAAACUCAAAUCAGUAUCAAAUAUACAUCAGCAAGCUCGCCUAUUACCCAGGGCGCAGCCCCUACGUCCUGGCGGGCAUUCUGCGCCACGAGCGCCCAGCGCGUCCGCACCGCCAGACUACAACCUUCGCGCCAGGCUCCGCCGCAGGACCGUCCCACUCUCUGGGACCGCCAGGAGAUAUGGCUCACGUCCGGAGGGCACUCGCCAAUGCUCUGGUCGCCUGGGCCGCCAUGAGAUUCCCUCCCCCUCCGGAGACGCUAGGAUGGAGUGACUCCGCCCACAGCACCUAG